AUGGACACCGUGAAGCUACACACAGAGGAAGUCUUCAAAAUGAAGUUCGUGCGGUCCAUUGCCGAUGCGCUGCAAAUUCCGAAGCAUCGAGUCAAGGUGAACGGUUUCGAGAAGGGCUCGGUCAAGGUGCUCCUUUCCAUCCUGGAGCCAACCGGUGACGAAGCAGAGGAUGAAGAGGGGCGAAACACGAUGUCUGCGGACAAUGCCCUGGAGGAGCUCAUGACACAGGUGGAUGACCCCAACAGCCGCCUUCGACUCGGAGAGGUGGGCCCAUUCGUGGCUGCAGCUCGCCUGGAGCGGGAUGUCAUUCAGAGCGCCCAGGUACACAUUGGCAGCAUGGCGGAUUCGUACCUGGCUCAUCAGCUUGAGGGAGAUGACUUUGAGCUGCCAGAAAGCACCAAACAGGCGUGGGCUGCCGAGAGCUCUGCCCUGGACAGUGAGGAGGCCGAAACCGAUCAGCUGGUGAGGCAAGCGCAGCAGACCGUUGGGACUCGCUGGGGCUCUUCCCGGAUGGAGCCCGGUUCCCUCCAGAGCACCGCACAAUUCAGGAGCACGUGCCCGCAUUCGAAGGAAGACGGGACGCUGGCUGCCUGGGCGAUCCCAUAUGAGAAGCGUCCCAUGUACACCUUCUACGAGAAGACAGCAGAGGAAGCCGCCAAGGAGAGCCCAUCAUUAGACUGCCGGAAGACAAGCGAAAAGUCACCAUGA